AUGGCCGGCAUCUUCCGCACCAUCUACGACUGGCUCCUUCGGAUGUUCUGGGCCACCGAGAUGGAUGUCACCAUGAUCGGGCUCCAGAAUGCGGGCAAGUCAUCCCUGUUGCGGGUGUUGGCGGGUGGGGAGUUCACUAUCGACUCCAUCCCGACAAUCGGUUUCAAUACCAAACGAGUGCAAAAGGGCCAUGUCACUCUGAAAUGCUGGGACCUGGGCGGCCAACCUCGUUUCCGCCCAAUGUGGGAACGGUAUUGUCGAGGCGUGAAUGCGAUCGUAUACAUCGUGGACGCCGCAGACCGCGCCGCCCUCCCAGUAGCAACAGAGGAACUCCAUGAUCUGAUGAAGAAGCCCACGCUAGAAAGCAUCCCCCUAUUGGUCCUGGGCAACAAGUCCGAUCUUCCGGACAAGUUGUCCGUAGACGAGAUCAUCGAGUCCAUGGAUUUGAAAUCCGUUACGCACCGCGAGGUGAGCUGCUAUGGUAUCAGUGCCAAGGAAGAGACGAACCUGGAUGCCGUCCUCCGCUGGCUGAUUGCGCGAGCGAGUCGGUGA